GCCUGGUGUACUCGGCGCGUCACACAAAACAAAAAAAAAGGCAAUGAGAAACGACAACACAUACACUUGGGAUUGAAAGAUCGGCCCCCACUGGCAUCGCAGGCACCUCCUCGCUAACCGGGAAGUGACAGCCGCCCGCAGCCUCGCUGACACGAGGGACGGGACGCAGAUCUCCGUCCCAGACCCGGCUUCCAGUCCACAGCUCGUUAAUAAUCACUCAUCGGUCCGCUUUUACAGCCGCUACCUCGCUGACAAGCACCGUCCUACUGGCUGUAAUCGGCGAAGGGAGCACGAGCAGCUCUAGAUGAUGGCAGAAGAUGCUCAUUGCUCCUGCGGGGACCUUGCAGCCCAUGAUGGUCGGGCAAUCUCUGACUGUAAGGAUCAAGACGAAAGGAUCUACAUGGACUACAAUGCCACAACCCCUUUAGAGGCAGAGGUUAUUAAGGCGAUCACAGAAGCCCUCAGAGAAGCUUGGGGAAACCCAAGCAGCAGUUACUUGCCUGGAAGAAAGGCCAAACAAAUUAUUGACCAGUCUAGAGAGAGCAUUGCCUCAAUGGUAGGAGGGCGAGCAGAGGAUAUCAUCUUCAUGUCAGGUGGCACAGAGGCAAACAACCUGGUGUUCCAUACUGCUAUCAGGCAUUUCUGGAAGAGUUGCGGAGCAGCCAAGAUCAGCGAACUUGGGGGAGAGCAUCACAAUGGAAAGGCCAUCCUCCCUCACAUCAUCACCUCCAAUGUGGAACAUGACUCGGUCAAGUUGACUGCUGAGAGCCUGCUGAAUGAGGGCAAAGCAGACGUUACUUUUGUGGGUGCCUCCACGGUGACGGGACGCGUGGAAGUGGAGGAUGUGCUGGCCGCCAUUCGUCCAAACACCUGCCUCAUCUCGGUGAUGCUGGCCAACAACGAAACAGGGGUCCUGAUGCCAGUUAAAGAGCUAUGUGUGAGAGUUCGGGCCCUCAACGCACAACGGCCCUCUCCCAGAAUCUUACUGCACACAGAUGGGGCUCAGGCCAUCGGAAAGGUGCAGGUGAAUGCUCAAGAACUUGGAGUGGAUUAUCUCACCAUUGUGGGACACAAGUUUUAUGCCCCAAGGAUUGGUGCACUUUAUGUAAAUGGACCUGGCACCCUUACACCACUAUUGCCAAUGUUUUUUGGAGGAGGACAGGAAAGGAACUUCAGACCAGGGACUGAAAACACACCGAUGAUUGCUGGCCUUGGAAAGGCAGCAGAACUGGUGAGUUUGCAUCUCCAUGAGUAUGAGACCCACAUGGAUAGCAUUAGACAAUACCUGGAGCAGCAGCUGCAGGCUGUGUUUGGAAAAGAGAAGAUUCAUUUCAACAGUCAUUUUCCUGGUUCAGAGACUCUUCCAAAUACCUGUAAUGUGUCAAUCCUUGGUGCAGGUCUACAAGGGUGGAAGGUGCUCUCGGGCUGUCGGAAACUGCUUGCCAGCGUUGGAGCUGCAUGCCACAGUGACAGGGUUGACAGACCUUCCCAUAUCCUGCUGAGCUGUGGCAUACCCCCGGAAGUGGCUGCCAAUGCCUUGCGGCUCAGUGUGGGUCGGACGACAACCAAGAGGGACGUGGACCUGGCGGUGGAGGACCUUAGAGAGACGGUGUGUCGGCUACAGGGACAGAGCCAGUGUCCACUUUAGGCAGCAGCCCCCACCAGUAUAUCAGAAGGGUUUCAAGAGGGACAGGAAAAGUAAAAGGAAAAUAAUUCUGGAUAUUGAAAGCUCAACUGCAUUAUGCAUAUUAAUUAAUGAAUAUUUUUUUUGAGAAUGUAAUUUCUUGCACAGAAAGCAUACAUUUUGUUUCCAAUUGUAGGUGGUUACUUGUGACUCUCCAGAGGCGGAAAGUCUCAGUCCUCAAUAGCUGCUAUGACACAUUUCAGAAAGACCAAGUGAUUUGCUAAAUUACUCCACUAAAACAAUGUAGAACCAAGGGAGGUAUAACAGUAAAUCAUCUGUCACCCAAGGACUGACGUGUCCAAACCAUAAAUAUAUUUAUUUAUUGUAAGACCAAGACUUAGAUGUGAAACUAAAUAACUCUUGAAUUGUUACCUGAAAAUAUUUGUGAAUAAUACUUCAUGUUACCUGAUAAGUUUUAUCCAAAUUUGGAUGAGAUGCUGUUACAAAAUAUCUGAUUACAUUUAACAUCAUUUAUACUAAAGUGAAACUAUACCAAGGAGAAUAAAGCAAUAAUUGAAAUA